AUGCAGCAAGGUAUCGAUCAAGGGAAUCCGAAAGCCGACUUGGAGCACCCAGGCCCAGAAUCUCCAGCUGCCGGCAAAGGUGCGAAUCAGAGCUCCAGCCAAAGCUCCGACCAGAGCGGAAGUCAAAGUGAUUCUUCUAGCAAGGGUGGCAGUCCUGCUAUCCACCGUCCGCGGUCUGCCGCCGAGAAGGACGACCCUGAAGUGAAAAAGCACAACGAAGAACUGGAGAAUCGAUAUGAGAGAACAGAAAAUCAGCUAAGCGAGAAGGACAACAAAGUCGACAAGCAAUUCUGGAAAGGCGACGUUGGAACGUCCGACAAAAGCGAGGACAAGAAUUGA